AAGUGGUGGAAAAAAAAAAACCCCCACUCCCUCUUCUCCAUUCCUCUGCAAGCCACCCCGUCUUCGUCUUCCCCUUUCCCUCCAGAUCCAAACCCUAAACCCAACGAGCGAACCAUGGCGGCAGCGGUUUCGGAUUGGGGGCUCACAUCACCCGGGAAAUCUUCGCCCGCGUUCGGCCCAACGAGCCUCUGUACAUCUUUCAGGUGGCUCACCUCUGCAAGGCCUGGCUCCGCGCCCUCUCCGACCCCGACUUCGGCCGUCUCCUCCGCGAGCGCAACGUGGCCCCGCUGCCCGUUGGCUUCCUGCACGACCUCGACGACGACGACGACGACGACGACGGCCUCCCGACUUUCGUCCCCACCAUCACAUCGCCCUUCUUCCCCAACAGCGUUCCCGAUCGUCGAGACUGGAAGGUGAUGGACUACAGGCACGGUCGCGGUCUGUUCAUCUCCACGCGCGACGGCGGCCUGGGGCGCAAGGAGCUUCUGAUAUGGGAUUCCAUCACCGGUGUCCAGCGGCGCUUCCCUGUGGCCCCGCAGGCCAGCGAGAGCACCUACCCGGGCGCGGCCGUGGUCUGUGCGGUACCUGGCUGCAACCACCACCCCGUCUGCAACGGGGGUGACUUCAAAGUGGCCCUCUUGUUCGCAGAUCCACCGUUUGUUGACUACUUUGAAGAUGAUCCGGAUAUAGCCGAGAUGAAGUGUUUUGUCUAUUCAUCACAGACGGAUACCUGGAUUCAGGAGUCUUCGCUCCAUGGCAUCUCCUAGGACUUGGGGAGCAGGCCCAGCGUUCUGGCAGGACAAUGCUUGUACUUCCUGUCUGAUGGUUUAGUCAUCUUUGAGCUUGAUCUGUCUGCCCAUACCUUAUCUCAGAUCGACUUACCGGAAAUGGAUGAAAAGCCUAUGGACAAUGAUGAUAGUCUCAUUCUCAUGAUCACAGAGGAUGGUGGACUUGGUCUUAUCGAGGCAAACGAGGGUAACAUCUUCAUUUGGUCAAGGGAUGUCAGUGCCGAUGGCAAUGCAACUUGGUCUAUGACCGAAACUUUUGAUCACUACAACCUUUUUGGAAAGAUUGGGAUCGAGGAGCACUCACUGCUUGGAUUUGCGGAAGGAACAAGGGUCUUUUUUGUUGGUACACCUCAAGGGAACUUUGCUUUCGAGCUGCCACAUUCAAUGGUACCGAUGAAGGACCCGGAGCUGGUUAAAAGACUUCUGGUGGAACAAAAUUUCAGUUGUGUUCGCCCUGUGGUUAGCUUCUACACUCCAUUCAAUGGGCUUCAACAGAAUGAAGUUGAGCAACAGAGCAAUCAGCCCAAUCCUAAUGAAGAUGACGAGAAACAACAGGCUACUCAAGCUCAAACUUCAAGUAUUCAAAGGGCCAAUGCCAUGCCAAUAUCUGAUGAUCCUUUCCCCAAGAGACAAAAAAAGGCUGCGGAUUCUGUUGCUAUGGAUAGAUCAUCUGAUGAUUUAGGGAUGUACUCAUCAGCAAAAUCUGACUGCUGAAUCAACUCUGGUUUGAGUGUACAGGAGGUUUAAGCAUGAAUCCAGACAAUGCCUUCUCUAGUAGUGGGAAUGUUCGAUCCAUCUUGCUUUAGUAUUGUUUAGCAGGCUUCUUAUUACCCACAUUAUGUGAGUUGUUCAUGUUCGAGACUAACUUGUGAUGUCCAGGAGGUUUAAGCAUGAAGCCAGACAAUGCCUUUUCUAGUAGCGGGAACGUUCGACGCAUCUUGCUUUAAUAUAGAUUAGCAGGCUCCUUAUUACCCCCAUUAUGCGAGCUUUGCAUGUUUGAGACUAACAUGUGAUGUUGGGAGUCAUGUGUUUGGACCUGUGAGGAUUUUGUUAUUUCACUUGCUAGAGAAUGGAGAUUAGCUAUCUUAUCUUAAAUUGAUUGGAUUUUAUGCUAUGUUCUCCUUAAUCCUGGAAUGCAUAUUAUAGCCCUGUCUGCUGAUUCAUUGGAAAGUGUAUGAUUUUGUGAUGGUGGAACCAGUUUGAUCUUCUCUGUUGUUUGUGCAAAGGGCAUUCUACGUGUUAUGGUCACUCUGCGGUUAUUGCUCA